CAAAAUUAUGUUUUCACUAAACCCAAUUAAGUUCAAACAUUCUAUUAAGUCCAAAGAAUAAACAUGGGACAACAAUUCGAUGCAGAAAUAUCAUCUUUUCAUGCUCCUUUUUCUCUUUAAAUUUACUAAUUAUAAAACUCACAAAACCAACAAACCCACUCUCUACAACUCAUCUUCUUCAAAGAUUCACCCACUCCCACCGAGGAAAAAAGAAGAAAAAAUAUAUAUAUACGUGCACCAAACAACACAUGAUGCUGAUGCAAUAUACACAACAAAGUAUUAAAUCUUAGAUAUUGUGGGUCUCCCAUCUCUCUUCUCUGUCCUCUAUUCAUUUUCUUAUUCCAUAUUAAAGAAAAAAGAUGGAUACUCUCUUUAGACUAGUCAGUCUCCAACAACAACAACAAUCCGAUAGUAUCAUUACAAAUCAGUCUUCGUUAAGCAGAACCUCUACCACCACUACUGGCUCUCCACAAACUGCUUAUCACUACAACCACAACAACUUCCCAACAAACGACGUCGUCGAAGAAUGCUUCAACUUUUUCAUGGAUGAAGAAGACCUUUCCUCUUCUUCCUCUCAUCACAACCAUCACCACACCAAUCCUACUAGCUACUACUCACCUUUCACUACUCCCACCCAAUACCAUCCCGCCACUUCAUCAACCCCUCCCUCCACCGCCGCCGCAGCCUUGGCGUCGCCGUACUCCUCCUCAGGCCACCACAAUGACCCUUCCGCUUUCUCCAUCCCUCAGACUCCUCCUUCCUUCGACUUCUCAUCCAAUGCCAAGUGGGCUGACUCCAUCCUCCUCGAAGCCGCACGUGCCUUCUCCGACAAAGACACCACACGUGCGCAACAAAUCCUCUGGACGCUCAACGAGCUCUCUUCUCCCUACGGAGACACCGAGCAGAAACUCGCUUAUUACUUCCUCCAAGCUCUCUUCAACCGCAUGACCGGUUCAGGCGAGCGUUGCUACCGAACCAUGGUAACCGCAGCAGCCACAGAGAAGACUUGCUCCUUCGAGUCAACGCGGAAGACGGUCCUCAAGUUCCAAGAAGUUAGCCCGUGGGCUACGUUUGGACACGUGGCGGCAAACGGAGCUAUCUUGGAAGCAGUUGACGGAGAAGCAAAGAUCCACAUCGUUGACAUAAGCUCCACGUUUUGCACUCAAUGGCCGACGCUUCUAGAAGCUUUAGCCACGAGAUCAGACGACACGCCACACCUGAGACUAACCACGGUCGUGGUCGCUAAUAAACACGUCAAUGAUCAAACAGCAACGCAUCGGAUGAUGAAAGAGAUAGGAAGCCGCAUGGAGAAGUUCGCUAGGCUCAUGGGAGUUCCUUUUAAAUUCAACAUUAUUCAUCACGUGGGAGAUUUAUCCGAGUUCGAUCUCAACGAGCUCGAUGUUAAAGCGGACGAGGUCUUGGCCGUCAACUGCGUAUGCGCCAUGCAUGGGAUCACGCCACGUGGAAACCCUAGAGACGCUGUGAUAUCGAACUUUCGAAGGUUGAGGCCUAGGAUCGUGACCAUAGUGGAAGAAGAAGCUGAUCUUGUCGGAGACGAAGAACAAGGGUUUGAUGAUGAGUUCUUGAGAUCUUUUGGAGAAUGUUUACGUUGGUUUAGGGUUUGUUUCGAGUCGUUGGAAGAGAGUUUCCCGAGGACGAGCAACGAGAGGUUGAUGCUCGAGCGUGUGGCGGGACGUGCUAUCGUCGACUUGGUGGCUUGUGAGCAUUCGGAUUCGACGGAGAGGAGGGAGACGGCUAGGAAGUGGUCGAGGAGGAUGAGGAACGGAGGGUUUGGGGCGGUGGGGUAUAGUGAUGAGGUGGCCGAUGACGUCAGAGCAUUGUUGAGGAGGUAUAAAGAAGGUGUUUGGUCGAUGGUGCCGUGCUCUGAUGCCACCGGAAUAUUCCUUUGCUGGAGAGAUCAGCCGGUGGUUUGGGCCAGUGCGUGGCGGCCAACGUAAAAGGGUUGGUCUUUUCUAGUAUUUUCACGCGCGCGUUUGCUGGUCGAGAUGGUUUCACACGUAUGGUUUGAUAAUGGGGUUUUGGGAUGAAGAGUUACUAUAUGAUGAUAAUGAGUUCAUAAUUUGAAAUUUGCUUUUGAAUAGGACUAAUUAAAUCAUAAUAUUGAGGAGGCGAUUGUCAAGGUUCAUAAAUUCGUGAUAUUUUAUUUUGUUUUUAAUAUUUUUUCUUUUAAAUGUUGUGAUUAGUUUGAUUCA